UUCACGAAGACUUCCCAGUCUCCGUCUUUAACGAAGAUGAGGCUUUCCCAGCCAAUGGCACUUCGCCAGAUCAAACUACAUUGUCGAUAGUAAUCUCUAGCCCCGAUUGUUAGUGCGGAAUACGCAACCCGAUCGAUGACUCGUCCAGGACGAGGCUUCAUCAACUUAUCUCCGCUGUACUGGAGCUGCAGAUGAUCACGAACAGGCAACUACAAGCGCCACAGCGAGACUCACAAUUCAAAUUCAUCGAAAACUAAGCUACACCACCAUCCCCUUCGUCUUUAAGGGCGUCAACAUGAGUGAUACCAAUACUCUACUCGAUGUGGACAAGUACAAGUUCAUCCCGGAGUUCGGCGGCCAAGGUAUUUCCUACUGGUCGGAGCUGCAGCGUCUUUAUGUCUCGUCCAAGGGCACUACACGCUCAUUCCUCGACACGGCGGUACAGGCGUUGCUGGAGGAGUCGGGCACGGACGAGGCCCAGAGAUCCGUCGCUUUUGAAGCUGUCAUUGACUUGAAAGACUGGCUGCAACGUGACAGUCUCGAGGGUUUGGAGCUCAACCGCGUCUUCUUCAGUAUGCCAAUGCUGAUGCUAACGCAGUGCGCCAACUACCUCAAUUUCCUCGAGGCCACAGGUGUAACCCACGGGGGGAUGGUUACGAACUCUACCACGGCUAUAGGCCACAGCCAGGGAGUAGUGAGUGCUGUCGUCUUCUCGGCAGCCAAGACGAUCGAAGAGUUCCAAGAACUGGGUGUAGCCAUGCUGCGCUAUAUGUUCUGGCAAGGACUGCGGACUCAGGAGGCGUAUCUGGAGCUGUUGGAGCAGCACAAUCAGAAGAAUGGAAGCUCUAGUCCUAUGCUGGCGGUGCGAGGACUCAAGAAGGAGCAGGUGCUCGAGACUAUUGAGAGUCAAGCUGAAAUGCCGGAUCUGCAUCUCGCGCUUAUCAACGCGUCGGAUUUGAUCAACGUGACGGGCUUCCCUGCGUCUUUAAGGACUCUAAAGCAGACACUCGAGGGGAUAAUGGCCGGGUCUGAUGUUGACCAGACUCGCGUCCCGUACUCGCAGCGAAAACCCACAGGAUCGCUGUCGUUUUUGCCGCUCUCUGCUCCCUUCCACACUCCGUUAUUGAGUGCUGCGGUGCCAAAGGUGCUCCAGGAUGUUCAGCGCCUUCGGUUCACACUCAAAGGCAGCCACCUUCAAGUCCCAGUGUACGCUACGGACAUGGAUGCGAACAAUCUGCAGACAGUUGACGAUGUUAUUGAAGAGAUAAUUAAGCUGCAGUUGUUACAGCCUGUGGACUGGACUUCGACGUGGUCAAAGAUUGCAGAGCUUCACCCUGAUGCGACGCAUGUCCUCGAAUUCGGCCCAGAUCUCGGCGUGGCGAAGUUGAGCAACAAACCAGCGGAAGGAUUGGGCAUCGAAGUGAUCAUUGCGACUGCCAAACACCCGAUUAUGGAUUUAUCCAUGCAGGUGGUCGGUCUUCAGCAGUUUAUCGACGCAGCGCCGACUUUUACCUCGAAGAAGAAGACGUGGGCUGAGAAAUUCGGUCUACAAGUGACCAAGUCAGGCGAUCUUUACAACAACUUCACGCGUGUGCUGAACAAGCCGCCGGUUAUGGUCGCUGGAAUGAUGCCGACUACCAGUUUGGAAGGUAUCGACCUAGUUGCUGCUAUCCAGAACGCUGGUUUCCACGCUGAGCUCGCUGCGGGUGGACUGUCGCGGUCUAACAUCUUUGAAAAUGCAGUGACAGAUCUCGUGUCCAAGUUAAAGCCCGGCCAUGGGAUUUCGAUCAACAUGCUGUAUUUGAACGCGAAGCAGUGGGGGUUCCAGUUCCCCAUGGUGCUUCGCAUGCGUCGUAGUGAAGUGCCAAUUGAGAGUGUCACGAUCGGCGCUGGAGUUCCAACGAAAGAGCGUGGGCUUGAAAUAUUGACGCAGCUCCAGGCUGUCGGUAUCCACUUGGUGAGCUUCAAACCGGGUUCAGUUGACGGUAUUCAUUCGGUAUUGGAGAUUGCGACGGCAGUGCCGACUAUGACUGUAAUGAUUCAGUGGACUGGUGGACGCGCUGGUGGUCACCACAGCUUUGAGGACUUUCACCAGCCGAUGGAGGAGAUGUACGCCGCAAUACGUCGCGUGUCGAACGUUCUGCUUGUUGUUGGCUCUGGUUUCGGUAACUGGGAGGACUCGGUGCAGUAUCUUACGGGCGAGUGGAGUUUGACGCGUGGUUAUCCGUACAGGAUGCCAGUGGAUGGAAUUCUACUUGGCUCUCGUGUGAUGGUUGCCAAGGAGGCUGCGACGGCGCCGGAAGUCAAGCAGUUGCUUGUAAACACACCGGGUAUCGAGGAAUCGGAGUGGGAAACUAGUUACUCAGGUGUUGUGGGCGGGUUGAUCACGGUUUCUUCAGAGCUGGGCGAGCCGAUUCACGUCGUGGCAAGCCGUUGCGCUCUGCUGUGGAAGGAAUUCGACGACAAAUACUUCUCCCUACCACGUGAACAAUUGGAACUUGCUCUUCGGCUAAACAAGAAGGACAUCAUCACUCGUCUGAACGCGGACUAUCAGAAGCCGUACUUCGGCUGUAAAAUUGAUGCCGAGACUGUUGAAAUAGUCCCCGCUGACUUGGAGCAGAUGACGUACGGAGAAGUAUUGUCUCGUAUGAUCGACUUGAUGUCCGUGGAGAUCCCUGUGAAGCCGCAGCGAUGGCUGGACGAGUCGUAUUUCUCGCGUUUCAGCGACUUCUUGGUGCGCACAGAGCAGCGUUUCCACCGUCAAGGCUCUGAUGAUAUAUUUGCCACAACGGAGCUGAAGAUGAACCCGCGAGGUGCGCUUGAAGCUUUUGUCGCGAAGUAUCCGCAAGUAGCAUCAACGUUGAUGUCUGUCUUGGACUGCGAGUUCUUCCUCGAACUGUGUCGCUCUGGUGGCAAGCCCGUGAACUUCAUGCCUGUUAUUGACGCGGAAUUCAAGACCUGGUUCAAGAAGGACUCGCUCUGGUACUCGGAGGAUUUGGACGCAGUGCCAGAGCGCGAUGAGCAGCGCGUGUUGAUCCUUCAGGGGCCUGUAGCAGUUCGCCACAGUACGAUAAUGGACGAGCCCGUCGCGGAUAUCUUAACAGGCAUUGUCGACGGCUUCGCCAGUACCGUGUCGGAGGAUGUUGCUGUUGGGGGAACCAUCAAGCAGGCCAUCAAUAUCGCCAGUGUACAAGUUACGGAGAGUCAAGCCAGUAUGGAAUACUCGAUAAGCGCCCUGGUCUCUGCUAAUGAGUGGCUCACUGCUCUAGCCGCAUCCGUGAUGGACAAAGACUGGCUGAAUGCGGUUAUCUCGUCGAAUCACGUUGUCGAGAACAAGAAGUGGGUUCCCAACCCGAUCCGUCAGCUUCUUAUGCCUCAGAUAGGACAAAAGUACGUGGUUAACGCUGCCGGCAUCCGCGUUUUCGACAGCUCCAUUAACAUGUCAGGUCCUGUGAUCGAGAUCACGAAGAAACAUGCGAAUAUUUCGGUUAUAGUGAGCGAGGUGCGUCCAGCGGUGGCAGAUCUAAAAGCUGAUGUUGUGACGCUGGAGAUGACGUUUACCUACCAUUCUGAAAUGUCCUGCUCGAUCCACGCUGAAGGCAGCGAUUAUAUCGACAAAGUGAAGGCAUUCUACGCUCGUUUCUGGGUGGCGAUUGAGGACAAGGAAGAGGAGUCGUGCAAGGCUGCAUGUACUGCGAGUGUUAAGGAUUCUUUCAUGACUAACUUUGCUGUUACGAAAGAGGAUAUCAUUGCGUACCGUACAGCUUUGGGACUCAAGUGCGACGAGGUCGGCGCUCCUGUUGACUUCUCGACGGUCGUCUCGUGGCGUGCGCUGAUCCAGUCGGUGCUGGCGAACGAAGUGAAGGGCAAUCUAUUGAAUCUCGUGCAUCUGAAGCAUUCGUACAAGUUGCUGUCUUCACGCAAGUACUCGGCCAUGUUCUUGCCUGGCGACGACAUCGUGAGCACGGCCAAGGUUGCUAGUCUACGCAUUAUCGACAGUGGCAAGAUUGUACACAGCAUGGCCACCAUCUCAAGACGAGCUUUGAACGACGACAUGGAGGUGUUUGAGCCUCUUGUAGAACUGCACAGCGAGUUCCUCAUCCGUGGUUGUUUCACUGACUUCGAGUCCACGUUCUCCGUUGAAGAGACAAAGCACGAGUUCGUUCUCAAAGACGCAGAAGAGUUAAAGACGAAAACAUGGCUGAAACUCGCAGCCGAGACUUCAGUAAACGUGGGGGACCGUCUAGCACUUCAGCUAACGACCAAGAGGCAGUACGCGUCGAUCAGCUCUCUAAGCUCGUUGGAAGUCUCUGGUGUUUUAUUCCGUGGAGAAGCGGGGACCACAGUCGAGAUCGGCGCGGUUGAGUUCAAGAGCGACGAAGUGAACGAGAGCCCUAUCACAGCGUUCUUACGGCAGGUACAGCUUGAGACUAGCGGGAUGUUUGUGAACAAUGGUUCUUACAUGCUGGAGACGCCGCUGGAGAUCAACGUCCCGACGAACGCGCUGGCGUACGCCGUAGCAUCUCGAGACCUGAAUCCGAUCCACCGGUCCAACUACGCUGCUAUUCUGGCUGGAUUGAAGGGUAAACCGAUCAUGCACGGCAUGUGGACAGCAACUAAAGUGCGUGAUCUGGUGACCCAGAGCUUCAGUCAGGGCUUGGACAGCAACGUCGUCGAGUACGAAGUGAGCUUCGACGGCAUGGUUUACCCGGGCGACAAGUUGUUCAUGCAAGCGCGUCACGUUGGACAGAAGAAUGGGAACAAGAUCUUGUCCAUUGAGGUCGUCAACUCAUCAAGUGAGCGUGUGAUCACUGCACGUGCCGUCGUGAAACAACGACCGACAGCCUUUGUAUUCACCGGCCAAGGCUCGGCUGAGGUAGGGAUGGGUAUGAAUCGAUACCAGGAAUCCCCAAUUGCUCGGGAGAUCUGGGACCGUGGCGAUCGUCACUUACUCAACAUGUUCGGCUUCUCGAUCCUCGACAUUGUACACAACAAUCCCAAGUCGAUCACUGUAUACUUUGGCGGUAAGAAAGGCCGUAGGAUUCGUGAGAAGUACAUGAGCUUGACGUGUGAAGACCCGACGACUGGCGAGACGGUGCCGUUGCUACCCGAGAUCAACACACGCACGCAGAGCUUCACGUUCUCCUUGCCGGAAGGUUUACUCUUUGCGACUCAGUUCAACCAGCCUGCGAUUGUUCUAUUGGAGAAGGCCAUGUUCUCGGAGAUUGAGGAUGCGCAACUGAUCCCGAGCGACGCGUUCUUCGCUGGCCACUCACUUGGCGAGUACGCCGGUCUCAGUUCGUUUGCGGGUGUUUUAGCUUUAGAAGACGUGGUGGAAGUGGUGUUCUUACGUGGCUUGAUCAUGCAGAGGGCAGUGAAACGUGAUGCUGAAGGACGCUCGGACUAUGGCAUGGUAGCUGCGAACCCCAUGCGUGUUGGGUCUCAUAUGACAGAAGAGCUGCUGUACACGAUCGUACAGGGCAUUGAAGCAGCAUCCGGUAAACUCUUACAGGUCGUGAACUUUAACGUCCAGCAAUACCAGUACGUCGUCGCCGGUGAUAGUGUGAAUCUGGAGACGUUGUCACUCGGUCUCGCUGCGUUUAAGACUCUGAAGUCGACAGAGUCUGAAGAUGUGGACAAGAUCAUCAUGUACUCGCUGGAACAAGCUCGAGCUCGUAAGGAGGAAUGCGAGCAACGUGGUCGUCCGUUCAUGCUGACUAGAGGCCUGGCCACUAUCCCUCUACCGGGUAUUGACGUGCCCUUCCACUCGCGUGAGCUACUGAGCGGUGUGCCAUCAUUCCGUGAGCUGCUGAGAACUAAGUUCGACCCACACGUGCUGGAACGUCAGCUACCGCUUCUUGAGGGUCGCUAUAUUCCCAACUUGGUGGCCACUCCGUUCUCGCUGGAGCGAUCAUACUUCCAGAAGGUGUAUGCAGCGACUAGGAGUCGCUAUCUGGCUGAGAUUCUUGACUCAAAAAAGUGGGAAUCAGCCUCGAAGGCCCAACUUGCUCACCUGCUAAUGGUGGAGUUACUAGCGUACCAGUUUGCGUCUCCAGUUCAGUGGAUUAAGACGCAGCAGCUUCUGUUCUCUCAGGGUGGCGUCCAUCGCUUCGUGGAGAUUGGGCCAGCUCCGGCACUGACCAACAUGGCACUGCGUACUCUUGAGAUCGGCGAUUACCCAAACGUGCCACGUGAGAUCUUCUGGUACCAGCGUGACCGCGAAGCUGUGCAUUUUGAAGAGGAGACGAGCAACAUCUCAGCUUUCGAGCACGUUCGAGGGUUAGCUGGCGAGGUUAUCGCUACGGAGCCUGUACCGAAGGUAGAGGAAGUCCUGGCGCCGGCACCGGUUGCCGCUGUCCCCGUCCAGCAGAUCCAAGCUGCUCUGGCUCCAGCUCCUGAUGCUCCGGUCGCCGCUCUCCACGUCCUGCGUGUGUUCCUCGCUGUGCGUUUGAAUAAGGACUUGGCUGAGAUCAGAGAAGAUACGGACGUGAAGACGCUGUGCGCCGGCAAGUCUGCUGUCCAAAAUGAGAUUCUUGGUGACCUCGAAAAGGAGUUUGGUUCGGUUACUGAGGAUGCCGGGGAGAUGCCGCUGAAGGAGCUGGAGUCCAAGUUCUCCGGUUACAAGACGCUUGGCAAGGUGACGAAUGGUCUGAUCAACAGGAUGGUGGCGAGCAAGAUGCCUGGUGGCUUCACGAUGUCCAGUAUCAAGGAGUACUUGAGCUCUGAGAAAGGUCUGGGCGCUGGACGCAUGGAGAGCGUGCUGGUUCACUCCCUGCUUCUUGCCCCACAGACUCGUGUCAAGAGCGAUGCGGACGCGCGCAAGUGGCUGGACGAGACUAUGAAGGAUUACGCUUCAUGCGCUGGCAUCUCUCUCGACUGUCCGACGGUAGCUGCUACGUCCGAUGCUGUGGGCAUGUCAUUCAACCCUGUCCCCGUGUCGAUCCCGACGGUGAGUGGCAAACCUGUGGAGGCCAAACACUCUCUGCUUGUGAUGCUGGCUGCCAAGUUCGGCAAGGCUUUUAACGAGAUUCUGGAGACUGCGACCAUUAAGGAGCUGGCAGCGGGCAAGUCGGCCAUGCAGAACGAGAUCGUUGGUGACGUGGAGAAGGAGUUUGGUUCAGUACCUGACGAUGCGGCCGAGAUGAAGUUGGUCGAGUUAGCUGGAACGUUUGUUGACUACGCGUCGCCUGGUAGAGCGACGAGUGCUCUGAUUGCUAAGAUGCUGGCGAGUAAGAUGCCUGGUGGCUUCGGUUUGUCUGCUAUCAAGGAGUAUUUGUCCAGUGAGCGCUGUCUGCCGAGUGGCCGGGUCGACAGUGUGCUGCUACACGGCCUGACGCAGAACCCGAAGCUGCGGCUGACGGAUGAUGCGGCUGCGAAGACGUGGCUGGAUGGAGUUGCAGACGACUACGCCCUGUAUUCUGGCAUUGAAAUCCCGUACCUAUCGAAGUUAGGAGGCAUGAUGGCAGCUCCGGCGUUGGGACAGCAGGUGAUCCAGUCGAGUUCGCUGUCGAGAGACUUUGAGAAGCGUUUGAAGACCAUGAUCGCGGAUCAAGUCGACGCGCUGAACUCGUUCUUGGGUGAAGAUAAGCUGGACUGGCAUCGACAACUUGAAGCGGAGGUGGGAGUACGCCAGUACGCCGAAUCUUCAAUGUCUCAGUGGCUGACUGAGCACGACGAAAGCUACACUGCUGGUAUUACUGGCAAGUUCGACGCGAAGAAGGAGCGACAGUACGACAGCUACUGGAACUGGGCUGUUCAGGACAUGAUGGAGCUGUACUACGGUAGUAUGCUCGAGGACCGAUCUGGAGAUCCCGCUCUCGAGAGGGCCAAGCUGUACGUGCACAAUCGUGCCACGCCUGAGCUCUUGCAGUGUAUUCAGUUCUUUUCAUCACGAGCUGAGAAAGAAGGCAGGUCGGAGCUUGCUGAAACCUUUCGACUACUGGCAGGUCAAGUCCAAGACGGAGUAAACACGGAUCCUGUGAACAUCCAGCUCUUCACACCAACACAGCCCCAGCUUCGUGUUCGUGAGGACGGUGAGCUGGAGUACUCUGAAGUACCUCGCAUUGGUGUAGGAGACUCAAGCAGCUACGUCGAUGAAGUGGCUCGUGGCCUGGAGUACGACAACGUAGAAACGGAGACGUUGGCUGGUUCUGGUAUCACUAGCGAGAGCCUGAAGAAUAUCGUGCUCCCUCACGUACACGUCCGCAAGCCGUCCGACGUGGAUCCGACAUUCCGAUUGUACGACGUUGAAUCGACCUGCGUGUUGCUAUCGUGCAUGCGUGAGAUGGCGUCGACUGGUAUCUCGUUCGCUGGCAAGGUGGCCCUACUCACUGGCUGCGGUAAGAACUCCAUUGGGGUCGAGAUCGUUAAAGCAUUGCUGGAAGGUGGCGCUACUGUGUUCGUGGCAACGAGCAGCUUCAGCAUGAUGACGACAGGAGUGUUCCGGGAGAUGUACCAACAACACGGCAGUCGCGGUAGCCGUCUCAUUGUACUCCCGUUCAAUCAAGCGUCCAAGACGGAUGUGCAGGGUCUAGUGACUCACAUUUACAGCGUACACAAGCUCGAUCUGGACUGCGUCAUCCCGUUUGCAGCGCUCUCAGAAGUUGGACGCACAAUCACUGACAUCGACUCGCGUUCGGAACUGGCGCAUCGUAUCAUGCUGACCAACAUCGUUCGUCUACUGGGUGAGGUCGUUACAGCGAAGAAGACACGAGGCAUUACGACUCGUCCGGCGCUCGUGAUCCUUCCAAUGUCUCCAAACCACGGCGAUUUCGGUGGAGACGGACUGUACGCGGAGUCGAAGCUGGGAAUGGAGAGUCUCAUGAGCAAGUGGCGGUCGGAGGAUUGGAGUGAACAGCUUUCCAUCAUCGGUGCCGUUAUCGGCUGGACACGAGGUACAGGACUCAUGUCGAGUAACAACGUGGUCGCUGCUGACGUCGAGAAGAUGGGAGUGCGCACAUUCAGCAUGACGGAAAUGGGCUUCAACUUGAGCGCACUGCUGCACCCGACUAUGGUUGAUCGCGCGGCGGAUGCACCGAUCUAUGUAGACUUUAGUGGCGGCAUGGCUCAAGUGAGUGGUCUGAAGGACCAGGUUGAUGCCAUUCGUAUGAAGAUCAUGAAGACGGCGAAACUGAAGACGGCUAUCCAUGCUGACAAGAGGAAGACGAAACAUUUGAAGGUUUUACCUCGUGCGAACUUGUCGAGCUACUACUGCAACACGUUCCCUAACCUGGCAAAUGUGGCUGGUUUAUCUGCCUCGUCGAAGCAGGAAUUGAUGCGAGGUAUGCUGGACCUGCGCCAAGUUGUCGUCGUAACGGGCUUCGGAGAGGUGAGUCCGUGGGGCAACUCGCGUACGCGGUGGGAGAUGGAGUCGUACGGCGAGUUCUCGCUGGAAGGCUGCAUUGAAUUGGCUUGGCUGACAGGCCGUAUCGUGCUGAAGGGUGGCAAUUGGGUCGAUGCCAAGACGGAGGAGAUUGUAUCGGACCACCAGGUGAAGGCCCGCUACGAGGAGGAUAUCUUGAACCACGCGGGGAUCCGUAUCGUGGAUCCGGAGCUGUUCGACGGCUACGACCCGAAGAACAAGAUGGUGCUGCAUCAAAUUGCCAUUGACAAGAAGAUGUCGCCGAUCGAAGUGGCCGAUCGAGAGGAAGCUCUGCAGUUCCGCAAGGAGCUUGGCAAGGACAACGUGGACGUGUUCCAGAGCGCGUCGGGCGCGUGGAUGAUUUGUCUACGCAAGGGCUCCGUCCUGAAUAUCCCCCGCGCUUUAAACUUCGAUCGGUUUGUAGCUGGUCAGAUCCCAACCGGAUGGAGUGCUGAACGUCUGGGUCUGCCAAAAGAUAUUGCUGAGUCCGUAGAUCCGAUCACGCUGUACGCCUUGGCAUCAACGAUGGAUGCGUUCGUUGCAGCGGGCAUGACGGACCCGUAUGAGUUUUACCAGUACGUGCACGUCUCGGAGGUCGGUAACACGUCUGGCGGUGGUAUGGGAGGCUUCCGUGCGUACUCUCAAAUCUACAAGGGACGAUUGCUGGGAAAGCCUGCUCCGAGUGACAUCUUGCAGGAAUGCUUCAUCAACACACCUCCAGCUUGGGUGAACAUGUUGUUACUCAGUUCGUCCGGUCCGAUCAAGACUCCGGUUGGUGCGUGUGCCACAGCUGCCGAGUCCGUUGACAUUGCCGUCGAGACAAUCAAGAACGGGAAAGCGCGCGUGUGUAUUGUUGGCGGCUACGACGAUUUUGGAGAGGAGAGUGCGUUCGAGUUUGCACAAAUGAAGGCGACGAGUGACUCGGUCAAGGAGAUGAGUAUGGGUCGAGAGCCGAAGGAAAUGUGUCGUCCGUGUUCAAGUACGCUGGACGGCUUCAUGGAGAGCCAUGGUGCUGGCAUUCAGCUGUUGAUGGACGCUCAACUUGCGCUGGACAUGGGGCUACCGAUCUACGGAAUUAUCGCACUCGCCAACACGGCGACGGACAAGAUCGGCCGCUCGAUACCAGCUCCUGGCCAGGGGAUUCUGACCACAGCUCGUGAGACCGUGGCAAAGCUGUCACCGCUGCUGGACGUGGAGUAUCGACACCGCCAGUUCGACGAUGAGCUUGAGAGUAUUGAGAAGUGGUUUGCACGCGAGAAGAUGCUGGUCGACGUAGACGAUACGCGCUUGAAGCUGCUCGAUGAGAUCAAGGAGCGCAAGGUGAAGGCCGCGCAGGCCAUGUAUGGCGAAAGUUUCUACGUUGGACGCACGGACAUCGCUCCUCUUCGCGGUGCGUUGAGUGUCUGGAAUCUGGACGUGGACGACCUAGGAGCAGCGAGCUUCCACGGUACAGGUACUAAGGCCAACGAUAAGAACGAGAGUGAGGUGACACACAAGCAGAUGACUCACCUAGGACGUUCUCCGGGCAACCCGUUGUCGGUCAUCUGUCAGAAGAGCAUCACUGGACACCCCAAAGGCGCGGCUGCCGCGUGGCAACUCAACGGACUGCUGCAGGUGCUGAAUACCGGACUGAUUCCUGGCAACAGGCAGCUGGACAACACGUGGGAGAUGCUGCGAAAGUACAACCACCUCGUAUAUCCGAACCGGAGUCUACAGACUAACGGUAUCAAGGCCGUGCUACUCAAGAGCUUUGGCUUUGGUCAGGCGAGUGGAGAGCUGCUGGUGGUGCAUCCGGAUUAUUUACUUUCUACGCUGUCCGUCGUGGACUUUCAACAGUAUUCAGCUCGUCGUGAGAAGCGUCUGGUCAAGAUGAACACGCACGCACAGAGUGUGAUCACGGGCAAGAAGCCGCACAUCCAAGUAAAGAACGAGGCGCCGUAUUCAUCAGCACUGGAGAGCAGCGUGUAUCUGGACCCGACAGCUCGUGCACAGUACGACGCGGUCUCCCAGACGUGGCGCUUUGGCGGCACCGCUGCCUCUCAACGGCGUCACCGUGUAAAGCGUGGUAAGAAGACCAAUACGAUUAAACUGGUACACUCGAAGAAGACAUCCAAACUUGAUUCUUCGUCGUCUCUGCUGGCUGCUAUUGGCAACACUGCGAUUGAACUCGGCUUGUCGAAGAACAUGAGCGUGGGGGUGGACGUGCAGCCUGUGGCCACGUUCGAGAGUCUAAACGACCGCGAGGACUUUAUCCGGCGCAACUUUAGCGAUCAGGAGAGCGCAUACUGCUACAGCGCACCUCAUCCUGCUGCCAGCUUUGCAGCUCGCUGGGCUGUCAAGGAAGCAGUGAUUAAGGCCAUCUCGAGUGUCGCUCCGACUGAAUCAUACCUCUGGCAAGGUGCUGAAGCUUCACGACGAGACAUCGAGGUCGUCAUGACGGCAUCGGGAGCACCGACCGUGCAGCUGUCGGGAUACCCACUACACAUCUUCGAUCGCCUCGAGCUGGCCAAGCUCAGUGUGUCCAUCAGUCACUCGGGCGCAUUCGCCGUCGCGCAAGUUGUUGCGAGCUUCGAGUAGGAGUAAGGACGUCCGAUUAUGGCGAUCUUGGCUCCGUGAGCAUCGAGACUAAAGUGUAUAAAACUACAAUAACAACCAAGGUAGAUAGCCGCAUAUACAUACAGUUAUGGGUUGUCAAAGAUUGAAACAAAAAAAAUAAACUCACACAGCACUGACGUCAACUGCUGGAGCACAAUGAGUAUGGACAACAUCUUUCACGAACGCAUCUCCAUUGUGGUCGUCGCAGUAGGAAGUGUCUGCUAUAAUAAACAGGGAAAC